AUGCUAUCAGAAGUUCGGCAGGAGCCCGAUCUAACUAGCGAAGCUGAUCUACGAGCAGCUGAAGUUGUGCGACCUGAAGAUGUGUUAAGGCUCAACUCGAUCACCCAAGGUAAUCCUUUUUUGUCAUUUUUUGUCUCCUGUAACGAGAAGAAGACCAGAAGGAACAUGUUUGUUUGUAUUUUCAAUAAACUCUUAUACUUGGACAUAUUACGUUUUGACUUCACAAGCUUUCUUUGUUAG